AUGUCCGAAACGGCGACUUCGAGCCAGAGAGGAGUUCUGGACUUCAGUCCGAUAAGGAAAGUCUCAAACAAGGAGAAUGAUGUCCCUGUUUUGAGUUUGAUCCAGUUUUCAAAGGCUCCUUUUGUGACAUUUGGAGCAGUGAAGUUAGGCACCUCAAAGGCUGCUGUUCUGCGGAUUGAAAACCCCACAGAGGACGCAGAGGCAGAGGUUACUGUAGAAAAGAUCUCUUCUGCUAAAGGCUUUUCUGUGGAAUACAACGCGUUCACAAUCGAGCCUGAGGGAUCAUUCAACCUGACAAUAACCUGGACUCCAGCAGAGGAAGGUGGAAUAAGAGAGCUCAUCAUCUUCAAUGCCAAUGGAGUCCUCAAGCACCAGGCUAUUUUGCUUGGGAGAGCAGAGGCACCCAAAAAGAAAAAGAAGAGCUUAUGGGACACAAUCAAAAACAAAAAGGAGGGUGAAAAGGUAGUCGUCCCGAGGAGAAAGAAAACGGAGCCUCCCUUGAAGAUGGCAGUCAAUAAAACCUUCCAAGUGUCCCGAAAGCCGCAGUACAAAUGUGACAGACCCCGCAGCCCGCUCACUUCGCUGAACAAGGCCAAGGCUGUCAGAGAGAGGUCGCUCUCCAAUCUCAGUCCCACCGAUGCUCACCCUCAGAAAUCAGAGGAGCAAAAGGCUUUAAAUCUCCUUCAAAGGCAACGGUCCCUCACCUUGUCCGACCAGGAGAAUAUCCACCACGUUCAGAAUAGCUCCCCUCUGGUUCUGCUCGUCCCCACAACGAAGGUGGCGAAUCCAGGUCUGUCGUCUGGUAGCCCAGAUGUGGCGGGAAAACUCGAAAACAAAGAUCUCGCCAAAAUACUUAACAGGACGUUGUCGCCUAUCGGGACACCAGAGAGGUUUAAGAAGUUCAUGCCUCACAUCCAGUCAGUUGAAAGCCCAGCUCCCACUUCUGUAAAGUCUGAUACUGACAGCCCAGUUUUAUCUAUAAAAGAUGCACUGGCCCUGAUCGACUCUGAUCUGAGCCAUAUCAACACCAGUCCUCGAGACGGUAAUUCCAGUUGUGACUUUUCAGAUUCACUGGAAUCUAAAAGUGGGAAUCGAGGCGGCGAACCAGGGUUAAAUGUCCUCAAAGCAUUACCUGACAGCCCAGAGAUGUCUGAGUCCAACGAGCCCAGACUUACUUUCUUUGUCAGCAAAAAGGUUGUUGUGAGUGAGGUUGUUGUUUCAGAGGCAGAGUCUGAUAAAGAUGUAGAAAGAGUCAAAAAGACCUCUUUUACCUCUGCCACAGUGAUCAAGGGCAAAGCACCGGUGGAGGAAAAUAGUUCAAGUGGACGGAAAAUAAAGAAGUCAAGGCGGAGGCUGUUAGAGAGAACACUUGAUGUGUCUGACGGCAGCAGUCAGUGUGAGUCUAGACCAGGAACUCCAUGUCUUCCUGUUAUAGAUCAGGACGCAAGAACCAGCAGAUGGCAAAACUCUGAGGAAAUCGUCUCCCUGAGUGACGGCAAAGGACAGGCCCGGGAGUUUAUCUCCUCCAGCCCGAAGCCAAGGGUCGAUUGCUCGCCGGCUCCCAUCACCUUCCCUGUCACCUCUCCUCCGUCAAUGGCUCCUUCUCGCUUCAGUUUCUCUGCCACUUCCCCUCUUCCUCCCCCUCCUGCCGCGGCCCUCGUUCCCAUCGCUUUUACAGUCACCUCUCCAUCACUCUCCAGCCCGUCAACAGCAAUCCCACCCCAGCUCAUAUCAGCACCUCUGUCUGUUCAAGACUCAUUCCCCAUUCACUUGGCAGCGAAUAGCAAGAAGAGAAAGAGCGGCGAGUACUUGAAAAGUGACGGGAAGCUUGAGGAUGGCGGGAAAACGGAGAGGGUUAAAAGGACCAGAGUGGUUGCUGUCAAAAGUGAGCAAACCAGAUCACUGCAAGAGAAGAGGAGUGCGUCUCAGAGGCAGCAAGCACGAGCAGCAGGCUCAAUGCGCUCGAUGACAUCAUCAUCUUUAAAGACUGCGAGGUUGGCAGCCGCUGCCCAGGCAAAGCAGCCGACAUCCAAACCCACCUCACGAGGUGCUCAGUCUCUGAGGUCAUCUGCACCAUCUGUGAAGACGGCAAAAGUGGUUGCUGUAGCACAGUCAAAGCUGAGCUUCAUUAAACCUGCACACACAGCCAUACCAAGACACCCGAUGCCGUUUGCCGCCAAGAACAUGUUCUAUGACGAGAGAUGGAUUGAGAAGCAGGAGAGAGGAUUCACGUGGUGGAUCAACUACGUCCUCACCCCAGACGACUUUAAAGUCAACACUGAAGUCACGAAAGUGAACGCUGUGUCCCUUGCCAUGGGAAGCGACAAGUUCAAUGUGCCCAAAGCGCCCACCAAAGAGGAGAUGUCCUACAGCACCUACACAGCCCGACGGAAGCUGAACCGCCUCCGUCGUUCUGCCUGCCAGCUGUUCACGUCCGAGGCCAUGGUCAAGGCCAUUCAGAGGCUGGAAAUCGAAGUAGAAGCCAGGAGGCUGCUCAUCCGAAAAGACCGCCAUCUUUGGAAGGACAUAGGUGAACGCCAAAAAGUCCUCAACUGGCUUCUUUCAUACAAUCCGCUGUGGCUUCGGAUUGGGCUCGAGACAAUCUACGGGGAGUUGAUCUCACUGGAGAACAACGGCGAUGCGUUGGGUCUGGCCAUGUUCGUCCUCCAGCGGCUGCUGUGGAACCCAGACAUCGCUGCAGAGUUCAGACACGCCAAAGUGCCUCAUCUUUACAAAGACGGCCACGAGGAGGCGCUGUCUCGCUUUACUCUGAAGAAGCUACUGCUGCUGGUUUGUUUCUUAGACAAGGCCAAAGAGUCUCGGCUGAUUGAGCACGACCCCUGUCUGUUCUGCAUGGACGCAGAAUUCAAGGCGAGUAAAGACCUGCUCCUGGCUUUCUCCAGGGACUUCCUGAGCGGAGAGGGGAUCCUGCCCCGGCACCUCGGUUACCUCGGGUUACCCGUCUCACACGUUCAGAAGCCCCUGGACGAGUUCAACUUCGCUGUGAAGAAUCUGGCAGUUGACUUGAAAUGUGGAAUUCGUCUAGUACGUGUGAUGGAGCUCCUCACCCAUGAAUGGAUUUUGUCAGAGAAGCUUCGUCUGCCCGCCAUCAGCCGCCUGCAGAAAGUCCACAACGUCGAAAUUGCUUUAAAAGUGUUGAAAAGCAAAGGGGUCGACCUCAAGGAUGAACACGGCUCCGUCAUUGAUUCCAGAGACAUUGUGGACGGACACAGAGAGAAGACUCUGAGCCUCUUGUGGAAAAUCACUUUUGCUUUUCAUGUGGAGGUGAUUUUGGACGAGGAUCAGCUGAGGGAGGAAAUCGGCUUCCUGAAGAAAACCCUGCAGACCAAACGGAAGCUGGCGUUUCUGAGAGCCGAUCGAGGCCUUCAGCCCAGUCCUGUAAAAGCGAGAGUGCCGUAUGAGCACAGCAGCACUAAGAUUACCCUGCUCAUGAACUGGGUCCGUGCUGUGUGUGACUUCUACAAUCUGAAGGCGGAGAACUUCACCGUGACGUUCUCAGAUGGCCGCGUCCUCUGCUACUUAAUCCACCACUACCACCCCGGUCUCCUGCCGGAGGAGGCCGUCAGUCACAGCACCACUCAGACUGUCGAGUGCUCAUCGAGGGGUCGCCUGGAGCUCGACUGCUCAGCCAGCGACUCCGACAACUCCUUUGAUUCCCCAAUGACGACAGGCCUGAACGGUGCAGAUUCUCCCUCAGUGGAAUUUAAAGAGCUGCUGGAAAAUGAGAAGAACAACUUCAGACUGGUGAACGCUGCCGUGGCUUUCCUGGGAGGGGUUCCUGCCAUGAUCAACCCAGAUGAUAUGUCCAACACUAUCCCCAAUGAGAAGGUUGUGAUGUCCUACCUGUCCUUCCUGUGUGCUCGUCUUCUGGACCUGCGUAAUGAAACCAGAGCAGCUCGGGUCAUCCAAGGUGCCUGGAGGAAAUACAGACUGAAGAAAGACACCCAGCUCUUCAAGGAGAGAAACAUGGCUGCUGUGAAACUCCAGUUAGUUGUGCGGAGUUUUCUCCAGAGGCGCAGAGCUAAGAAGCAGAAUCAAGCUGCCGUUAUCAUCCAGUCACUCUGGAGGGGUUACGCCGCUCGCAAUAGACUCAGGCUAGAAAAAGAGGCUCAAAUCCGAGCUGUGCAGAACCAAGCAGCAACUGUCAUCCAGGCUCAGUGGAGGAUGUUUUCGGCCACGAGGGCUUACCAGCGCCUCGCAUACUACGCUAUUAUUGUCCAAGCACAAUGGCGCAUGCGUAGGGCGGUCUCUGCUUACAGACGAAUCCGCUGGGCGGCGGCAGUCAUUCAGAAAUACUCACGAGCAUGGACUCUUGCAAGAAGAGAGCGAGAGCGUUAUCUCUCCCUCAGAACUGCAGUGGUGAAAAUACAGAGAGGGUUCAGAAGAUGGAAAACCCAGAGAACAGAAAAGGAAAACCGUGCCGCAAAAGUGAUACAAACUAGGUUUAGGAAAUGGUACGAGGAGAAAAGGGCAGAAAAAAACAGUGCGGCUGUGAGGAUUCAGUCUUGGUACCGAAUGCAGAUGUGUCUCCAUCAGUACAGAAAGCUCAAGAGAAGCACUAUGCUCAUUCAGGCCCAUUACAGAGGUUAUGCCCAGAGGCGCCACUUUGACAUGUUGAAGCUGCAGCACCACUCUGCUAUUAUCAUCCAGAGUGCUUUUAGAGGACAUUCUGUCAGGAAACAGGUGGCAGAGAUGAAAUACGCCUCAGUCACAAUCCAGGCAUGGUUCAGAGCCUGUGUUAAAAGAGACACGGAAAGGCAAAUGUUUAAGAGGAUGAAAUGUGCCGCCGUAACCAUACAGGCAGCGUAUCGUGGGAAAGUGGCUAGAGAGCUGCUGAGAAAACAGUGCGACGCAGCAACAGUGAUCCAGGCCGCUUUUAAGAAGUAUGCUGCCCAAAGGCGCUACCUCGUCUUGAGAAAAGCUGCCACUGCGAUACAGCAAAAGUACAGAGCCACAGUUUUGGCUCAUAAGACAAAGAAGGAGUAUGAAGCUCUGAGGAAUGCCGCACUCACUAUACAAGCUAACUGGAGAGGGCGAGCUGACCGGAAGAGGAUGGAAAAACGCCACCAGUGCGCAACACUGAUACAAGCCUACUACCGUCGACACAAGGCGCAAGCAGAGUACAUGUCAAAGAAAGCAGCGGCUGUAGUCGUACAACGUCACUACAGAGCUUAUGUGGCUGGAAAAGAGAUGAGGGAAUUAUACCUGCACAAGAGAGCAGCCUGUGUCACUCUCCAAGCUGGAUUUAGAGGCAUGAGAGUUAGAACAGAGCUGAAGAAAAAGCACCAAGCAGCGACUGUCAUUCAGUCUUCAGUUAGGAGGUUUUUAAGCAGAAAACAUUUUGUCCUGCUUCAAAGUGCAGCAAUCAUUAUCCAGAGUCAGUACAGAGCUCUUCAGCUCCGCAGGACACAGCAACAUGAGUACAGAGAGUUGAAGAAGGCUGCCAUAAAAAUACAAGCAGUUUAUCGUGGAUUAAGAGUAAGGGAAGACCUGAAGAAGAAGCAUAACGCUGCCAGAACAAUCCAAGCUCAGUUUAGGAUGCACAGAAUUCGUAUGGCUUACCUCGCCACCAAGUGUGCCGCCAUUAUUAUUCAGGAUCGUUACAGGGCCAAGAUGCUUAGGGAUCAACAGAUAGAGAGGUACAGAGCUAUGAAAUCUGCCGUUGUAGUCAUCCAGGCAGCGUAUCGUGGCCACAGAGUCAGGAUGGAGAUUGCAGAGAUGCACCGAGCUGCUACCGUGAUUCAGAGAAGGUUUCACACCGUCCGAGAGAGAAAUCGAUUCCAAGCCAUGAAGGCAGCAGCUUUAGUUUGUCAACAGUGGUACAGAACAGUGACCUUGAUGAGGAAGGACCGUCAGGACUAUCUGUCAAAGCGCAUGUCAGUCAUUUGUCUGCAGGCAGCCUACAGGGGAUACGAGGUCAGAAAGCAGUUGCGCAUUAAACGCCAAGCUGCCGUAACAAUUCAAUCUCACUUCCGCAAGUACCAGCAGAGAACUUACUACAAGAGGCUCCACUGGGCUGCUGCUGUCAUACAAACACGUUACAGAGCCAACAAGAAAAUGAGAGAGGAGAUGCAAACUCUGACAGCCAAGAGAGAUGCAGCUGUUGUUUUACAAGCCGCCUUCCGUGGAAUGAAAUCCAGACGAAUCACCAAACAAAGGCAUCAGGCUGCCAGUAUUAUACAGAGAGCUUACAGAGCUCACUGUGAGCGUAAGCUUUAUCUUACCUUAAAAUCCUCGGUCCUCACCAUUCAGCGGAGAUAUCGAGCCGCUGUAGCAGCAAAGGAGCAAAGAAAACAAUACUUGCAUAUGCGGAGUGCAGCCAUUACUCUUCAGGCAGCAUACAGAGGGCUGCAGGUCAGGAAAGAUGUUGCUCGCCACCAUCAGGCUGCAACUGUGAUCCAGUCUGCAUUCAGAAAGCACAGAGAGGUAGUUAAGUUCCAGGCCAUGCGCUUGUCAGCCAUGAUCAUCCAGAGGUAUUAUCGGGCCUAUAUGCUUCAGAGACAGGAAAGGGAACGCUUCCUAAAUGUGAGACGUUCUGUUAUCGUUCUUCAGGCGGCUUUCAGAGGUCACUGUGUGCGAAACAACCUUGCCAAGAUGCAGAGAGCAGCUACUGUCAUUCAAGCAAACUUCAAGAGGCAUAAGCAGCAGUCAGCCUUCAGGAGACAGUGCUGGGCAGCCUGUGUGUUACAGCAGAGGUUCAGAGCUCAGAGAAAGAGGAACCUUGAGAUUAAACACUAUCAACAGUGCAGAAAAGCUGCCAUCGUGUUACAGGCUGCAUAUCGCGGGAUGAAAUCCAGGCAAGUCAUCAAACAAAGUCAUCAUGCUGCCAGUGUUAUCCAGAGAGCUUUCAGGACAUACUGUGAACGCAAGCAGUAUAUUACUAUAAAAUCCUCCAUACUCACCAUUCAGCGGCGGUAUCGGGCUACUGUAGCAGCAAAGAUACAAAGGCAACAAUAUCAAAAAAUGCGCCAUGCAGCCAUCAUCCUUCAGGCAGCAUACAGAGGCCAGCAAAUCAGAAAGGAGAUUGCUUGUUGGCAUCAGGCUGCAACUGUGAUCCAGUCUGCAUUCAGAAAGCACAGAGAGGUAGUUAAGUUCCAGGCCAUGCGUCUGUCUGCCAUCAUCAUCCAGAGAUACUAUCGGGCCCGUAUUCUUCAGAUAAGAGAAAGGGAACGCUUCCUAAAUGUCAGACAUUCUGUUAUCGUUCUUCAGGCGGCUUUCAGAGGUCACUGUGUGCGAAACAACCUUGCCAAGAUGCACAAAGCAGCUACUGUCAUUCAAGCAAACUUCAAGAGGCAUAAGCAGCAGUCAGCCUUCAGGAGACAACGCUGGGCAGCCUGUGUGUUACAGCAGAGGUUCAGAGCUCAGAGACAGAGGAACCUUGAGAUUACACACUAUCAACAGUGCAGAAAAGCUGCCAUUGUGUUACAGGCUGCAUAUCGCGGGAUGAAAUCCAGGCAGGUCAUCAAACAGCAUCAUCAUGCUGCCAGUGUUAUCCAGAGAGCUUUCAGGACACACUGUAAACACAAGCAGUAUAUUACUAUAAAAUCCUCCAUCCUCACGAUUCAGCGGCGGUACCGGGCUACUGUAGCAGCAAAGAAACAAAGGCAACAAUAUCAAAAAAUGCGCCAUGCAGCCAUCACCCUUCAGGCAGCACACAGAGGCCAGCAAAUCAGAAAGGAGAUUGCUUGUUGGCAUCAGGCUGCAACUGUAAUCCAGUCUGCAUUCAGAAAGCACAGAGAGGUAGUUAAGUUCCAGGCUAUGCGUCUGUCUGCCAUCAUCAUCCAGAGAUACUAUCGGGCCUGUAUGCUUCAAAGACACGAAAGAAACCAGUUCCUGAAAAUCAAACAAUCCACAAUCAUCCUUCAAGCUGCUUUUAGAGGCUGGUGUGUCAGGAGAGACAUUAGUCGACAAAGUCAAGCUGCCAUUUUGAUCCAGUCAUACUGGAGAUGCUCAGUCCAAAGGCGUAUCUUCCAGAGGAAGAGAGAGGCAGCUGUGAAGCUACAGCGCAGGGUUCGUGCUGUGCAGCUCGGCAGGGUGGAGAGGAACAACUACACCCAAGUAAGGCAGGCCGCCAUCACACUUCAGACUCACUGCAGAGACUGGAUUGCAAGAAGACAGGUGCUAGAGGCAGCCAAAGCAGCGAGGAGACUUCGUUUCACGGCAGCGGUCUUCCACCAUCUCAGUGCCGUAAAGAUCCAAAGAGCUGUAAGAGCUCACUGGGCCUUGGAGUCUGCUAAAAGACAGAUCCAUUCUGUCAUCACCAUACAGCGCUGGGUGCGAGUCAGGCAUCAGAGGAGACGGUACCUGGAGGACAGGAGGAAGGUGGUUAUAGCCCAGAGAGCAGUCAAACGCUGGUUAGCUCGUCGCCACAAGGCUGCGUCUGUCAUCCAGCAGGCCGCCCGGAGAUUCCUACACCUCAGGCGCCAAGAGAGGAUUCAGAAGGGCAUUGUCAAAGCUCAGGCUCUGUGGAGAGGUCACCGCUCCCGCCAGCUGACUGACAAUCCCAAGAUGAUAAAGUUGAGACACAACUUACGUAAAGUCUCGGCCAGCGCCCAAGAGGAGGACAAACUGUGCAACAAGACUUCGUCCGCCCUGGACUACCUCCUUCGUUACAAACACUUCUCCUACAUUCUAGAGGCCCUAAAAAACCUAGAGACCGCCACCAGGCUGUCUCCAGAGUGCUGUGAGCGGCUGGUAGAGAGCGGAGCCACCAAUGUCAUCUUCACUCUCAUCCGCUGCUGCAACAGGAGCGUCCCCUGCAUGGACGUCAUCACCUACUCCAUCCAGAUCCUCCUCAACCUCUCCAAGUACCACAAGACCACUGAGGCAGUGUUUUUGGUGGAAAACUCUGUGGAGACGCUGCUGGACCUGCUUCAGAGAUACCGGGAGAAGGCGGGGGAUAAAGUGGCAGAAAAGGGCGGCAGCAUCUUCACCAAGGCCUGCUUCCUUUUGGCUCUCCUCUUGCAAGACAAACGCCGGGCUGUGGAGGUUAUGAAGCUACCCAAGGUCUUGGAUAGGAUACGCAGCAUUUACCGCCUCACUGCUCGCAAACACAAGAUGGACGCAGAAAGAACUGUUAUCAAACAGAAGAUGAACGCGUCAAUCAAUGGGAGUUUCUAUGUUCAAGCGACUCCUCGUAAAUCCCGUCCUGUGCCAAAAUUUGCACCGGAUUGGGUUCUUAGGAAGGACAAACUCAAAGACAUCGUGGAUCCUCUCAGGGCCAUUCAAAUGGUGGCAGAGACACUGUCCAUUGUUUUGUAAAUAGCUUUUAAAAUCUCAUCUCAUCUUUCUUUUUUAUUAUCUGAAAAUAUUGUUUUAUGUACUCUUUUUUACCAAAACAUUGUCAUGUUUUACAUGUACAUAUUAAA